CUUCCCUCGGCCACGCGCCUCACCCGCGUAUAACGCGAGCGCGGCUGAGCGCGUGUGAACUGUUUGUGUUUGUGAGUGAGAGAGAGCGCGAGACAGCGCGUGAUAGUCAAGCCCGUAGCCGGGGAGCGCCGAGAAAUUAUCGGAAACAAUUUCAAUGAAUACCACAGCAAUAUGUUAAUUGCGACCACUUCUGCAGUGAGCGACACGACAAACUAGCAAAUAAGGUGACCGGUACCACGCCUCCCAGUUCUACUCCUCUCUUUUCCCUGCUCCUGCACCAUGUUUGCCGUUCCAAGGAGAACCAUGGGGUCCCACCUCAGACUGUUUCUCCCGGGCGUCCUGCUCCUUCUCUUUCUGCUGCCUCAGCCGUGCUCCCCCGAGUCUCAGCCAAUAGAGGUGGAGCCCGUUUCGCCGUCCGUCACCACGGAGCUCUAUGGCAACGACAGCGACGAAGCCAAACGCCCCUGUAGCGACUUGACCGUCUGUAGUCCGGGCAUUCUGUUGCCUGUGUGGCUACCACUUCAGCCCGGCUUGGGGGAUCAGGUGGCUCGAGCCAUCGUCUACUUCGUCUCCCUCAUGUACAUGUUCCUGGGUGUAUCCAUCAUCGCUGACCGCUUCAUGGCCUCCAUCGAGGUCAUCACGUCUCAGGAGAAGGAGGUCACAAUCACUAUGCCCAACGGGGAGACGUCUGUGGCCACCGUGCGCAUCUGGAAUGAGACAGUGUCCAACCUGACGCUGAUGGCUUUGGGCUCCUCAGCCCCUGAGAUUCUGCUCUCUGUCAUUGAGGUGUGCGGGCACAAAUUUGAGGCGGGUGAGCUGGGCCCAGGGACCAUCGUGGGAAGUGCCGCCUUCAACAUGUUUGUCAUCAUCGGCUUGUGUGUGUGGGUCAUCCCCGCCGGGGAAUCCCGCAAGAUCAAGCACUUGAGGGUUUUUUUCAUCACUGCCUUUUGGAGCAUCUUCGCUUACAUAUGGCUGUACCUUAUCUUGGCCGUCAUGUCGCCAGGCAUCGUGGAGGUGUGGGAGGCACUGGUCACGCUGCUCUUCUUCCCAGUAUGUGUCAUCCUGGCCUGGAUUGCUGACCGACGACUGCUCUUCUACAAGUACAUGCACAAGCGCUACCGGGCCGAUAAGCGCCGGGGCAUUGUGGUGGAGACGGAGGGCGAGAUGACACCCAAAGGUGAUGAGAUGAUGAUGGAUGGCAAGUUCCCUGCCCGGGCAGGCAUAUUACCCACCGAGAACUGCCAGGAUGGGAACAGUGUAGUGGGAGCCGGCCUUCCCAAUUCCAACAGCACCACUGUCGCUAUGGAUAACAGCAAGGAUCUGGACGAAAGUCGCAAGGAGGUGAUCCGUAUCCUUAAGGAGCUGAAGCAGAAGUACCCAGACAAGGAGCUGGAGCAGCUGGUGGAGCUGGCCAACUACUACGCCCUGAUGCACCAGCAGAAGAGCCGCGCCUUCUACCGCAUCCAGGCCACUAGGAUGAUGAUUGGGGCGGGGAACGUGCUGAAGAAACACGCGGCCGACAACGCCCGGCGGGCGGCGGCUACGGAGGAUCCCGCCGAGAAGGACGACCUGGAGACGUGCAGCCACAUCACCUUUGAGAGCCCCCAGUGGCAGUGCAUGGAGAACUGCGGCACGGUUGCCCUUGCUGUCGUCUGCCAAGGCGGCACUGGUGAGAGCACCUUCUAUGUGGACUACCGCACGGAGGAUGGCUCCGCCAAUGCCGGCUCGGAUUAUGAAUACAGCGAGGGCACCCUAGUCUUUAAGCCUGGGGAGACCAGAAAGGAGAUCAAGGUAGGCAUCAUCGACGAUGACAUCUUUGAGGAGGACGAGCACUUCUUUGUGAGAUUAUUGAACUUGCGUGUGGGCGACGCAGAGGGCAUGUUCGAGAGCGAGGGUGUGGGCAUGGCGCCCAAGGGCCGGCUGGUGGAGCCGUUGGUGGCCACUGUCACCAUCCUGGAUGACGACCAUGCUGGCAUCUUCACCUUCGGUGAGCGUCUGGUGCGUGUGAGCGAGAGCGUGGGCACCAUGGAGGUGACGGUGGUCCGUAACUCAGGUGCCCGUGGCACCGUCAUCAUCCCAUACCAUACGGAGCCGGGAAGUGCCCACGGUGGUGGCGUGGACUACGAGGAUGCACAGGGGGAACUGGAGUUCACCAACGACCAGACCACCCAAACUCUGAAGAUACGGAUCGUGGAUGAUGAGGAGUAUGAGAAGCACGAGAAUUUUUUCAUUGUCCUGGAGGAGCCAAGGUGGCUGAAGAGAGGAAUCUCAGCUCUACUGCUAAACCAAGUGGACCAGGAGGCUGAGCUGAGCGCGGAGGAGAUAGAGGCACGGCGCAUCGCUGAGAUGGGGAAGCCCGUUCUGGGCGAGCACGGCCGGCUCGAGGUGGUCAUUGAGGAGUCUUACGAGUUUAAGAGCACAGUGGACAAGCUUAUUAAGAAGACCAAUUUGGCCGUAGUGAUUGGCACCCACUCCUGGCGGGAGCAGUUCGUCGAAGCUGUGACUGUCAGUGCAGGUGAUGGGGAGGAGGAUGAGGAAGGGCGAGAGGAGCGCCGACCCUCCUGCUUUGAUUACAUCAUGCACUUCCUGACAGUUUUCUGGAAGGUUCUGUUUGCCUGCGUGCCACCCACUGAGUAUUGGAACGGCUGGGCCUGCUUCAUUGUGUCCAUCUCCGUCAUUGGUUUCCUCACUGCCGUCAUCGGUGACCUCGCGUCACAUUUUGGCUGCACUAUAGGCCUGCGUGACACUGUCACCGCUGUGGUCUUUGUGGCCCUGGGAACAUCUAUUCCUGAUACCUUCGCCAGCAAGGUGGCUGCCAUACAAGACCAGUAUGCCGACGCGUCUGUGGGUAACGUCACUGGGAGCAAUGCAGUCAACGUCUUUCUGGGGAUCGGGGUGGCGUGGUCGGUGGCGGCCGUGUACUGGCACGUGCAGGGGAAGCCUUUCCGCGUGGACCCUGGCUCCCUCGCCUUCUCCGUCACCCUCUUCACCAUCUUCGCCUUCAUCUCCUUCGGCGUGCUGCUCCUCCGUCGGCGACCCUCCGUCGGCGGCGAACUCGGCGGACCUCGGCUCCCCCGCUUUUUCACCUCCCUGCUCUUCUUUGGCCUCUGGUUCCUCUACAUCCUCUUCUCCAGCUUAGAAGCCUACUGCCACAUUAAAGGCUUUUAAAAGCAAGGCACAGGGGAAAAAAAAAAAACAGAAAACCAUUCACACACUAAAUGGUACAUUUUACCUUUACGGGUACAGAGCUAAUCCCGGACUGUGCAUGGCACCCAGCAAAAUAUUUUGUUGCCCUUCCAUUUCUAGGGGGAACCUUUAAUGAAACACACAACACACACCCGCACGCGCGUGCACGCACACACAACACCAGUCCAGAUUCUGGUCCUGUCCAUUGAUAAAAAUAUUGUCGUACUAAUAAUGAACUUGUGGUACACUUAGUAAAUGUGUGUGCAUGCACACAGAUGACAUUUGAAUGCUGUGUAAUAGAGAGGGAGCAGCAGAAGUUAAUAGCAGACAUAAUAUCUUUAGAAUGCAGGCUUUUAGAGGUUUUAAAAUGUGGUGAAGCUGAGAGAGAGAAAGUAACAUGACAAGUAAAGAUGGGUACCCAGUUUUGAAAGUAAGAGCUGGAAUGAGAGAGAAAUGACAAAGAUUAGGUAAAAAAUAGAUGCAUCAGAGGGUUUGACACCUUGUACUGCUCAGGAUUGAAAUUACUGUGCGGUAGGAGUUUGUCUGAUUUAGGGCCACUGAGGUUUCUGGAAUAAAUCGGUCUCCACCCUCUAGAGCUAACUUGACCUGUGGCUUUUAUGGAGCACACAAUAUUAUCUUACUUCCAGAUUCCCUUUUCCCAAAGCCAUUGCACACACAAAAGUUUCCUAUCUACUCUAAUUGUAGAUGUUUCAUUUAAAAUAAUUUGCAGGCGAGGCCUUCUUAUUCUGUAUCCGAAAAAUUCAGUGUCCAUUUCAUACUCCAAUUCGAGGUGUCUUCGCAAAUAUCAAAACUGAAAAGACUCGCUGCUGGAAGAAUUUAACUGAAGAUUCAUUCUUCUUCAUACGCAGUGUGAGGACCUGCCACAUUUAAUAUUGAAUUGGCAGUUUCUAUAGCAGCAAAUAACUAAGGGAUUGGAUCACUGAAAUAAAUUAACAACUAUUGUGAUAUGAAGCUCGUCAUCUACUGCUACUGACUAUUACAUACAUGGUACUGUUCAAAAUGCACAUGAUAAAGUUGUUCAGAUUAACUGUUAGAAGUAAGAUUUUCUUGACUAUGUGAGCCAAUGGUGCAUGUUUAUUUUGAUGUGAAGUCUAUGUGCACUAAAAGCAAACUAUUUGUGAUCUCAAACCAUAUCAAACUCAUAUCAAAUGGUUAUCGGUAGGCAAAAGGCGUGUUUUACUUAUAAUGAAAUAAGGGCAUAUUUUAUUUGUGUAAGUAGUUCUCACAGGUUAUUGCUUGCACACGAUUUCUGAGGUGAUUGUUAUGGCACCAAAUGGCUUAGGCAGGUAAAUAUCGGUUAUUAGUAGUCUGAUUUAUGUUUUAUGUAUUUAUUUUUUUUAUCUUAAAUACCUCUGCCCAAAUUAUUUUUUUCUUCUGCAUUUCUUGUGCACAUUAUUCUUAAAUAAUUUAUACUAUGGAAAGUUUUAAAUACAUCAAAUGAAGUAAGUCCUGAAUAUUUGCUUGGUUGUGACAGCCAUUGCACUGAUUCGCUGAAUAUUUAUUGAUAUAUUUCUAAGCAUUUCCUGGCUGUCUUGGAGAUGUUAAACUAUCGAGAAAUAUAUCAGGCGGCAUGGUGGUUUGGUAGGCAGCGGUUUUGCUGCAGAGUUUCCAUGCUCUCCCUGUAUCGCACCAGUUUCCGCUGGGGACUCUGGUUUCCUGCCUGUAUCCAAAGACAGACACUUAUGGGACUAGGCCUUGCCCAUAUUGUGUGAGACUGUGUGUUUGUGUGCCCUGUGAUGGACUGGCAUCCUCUUCAGGGUGUUGUGCCCUAUGUUGCCUGGGCUUGGCUAAUGGCUCCCUGCAAACCUUUACUGGUUAAGUGGUUAAAUAGAUGAAUGAAACCUACUGAAAUAAUGUGUCACUCUAGCUAGCCAAUAGCUUGCUAUUUCAGGUUCUAAUUAGCUUCAACAGCCUUUGACAAAGUUGUUAGUAAUAUUUUCCCUGAUAUAUCUAUGUUUGUUGCACCCCAACUGAGAAGGUCCAACCUAGCUCAGUUGGGUGCUGUAUACAUAAAUAUUUUUCGGGCACCUGUAAAUUAGUAACACUCAAAAACACUCAAGGGACAAUUGCACCAAGUAUUCAAAUAUUUCAGCAAGUUAUUUUUGUUAGAAUUACAAGCAAACCCAAAUGCAUGAUCAUAACCUCGAGUUUGGGCAGUUUUAAAUUUCUUUCUUAGCCUAAAGUCUCAACCUUACAAAAUAAUGUGAUUUGUUAGGAAACUGGUUAAUUUUUGAGGCUUUGCGUGCUAGGCAUAUAGGACAGCUACAGACCCUACAUACUUUGUACUGAGAAGGACUGAUAAUAUAUCCCACAAUUCCACUCCUUUCGCACAAAAUCAGCUUAUUUAGGCACUAAGGCCAUUAAUUGUAUGAGUUUAUUCCGUAUGAGGUACCUCCUUAUUCUGUCCUUCCUUCCUUACAACCAUCCAAAAAGUGGAAGUAUCAUAUGGAAAUAUAGCCCGUCCCCAGGUUACGAUAGGGUUACGUUCCGAUAAACCUAUUGUAAGGUGAAAAUAUCGUAAGGCGAAAAUUUUAAUACAGUACAUCUAACCUAACAAACAUCACAGCCUAGCCUAGCUUACCUUAAAAACAUGCUUAGAACAUACAUUAGCCUACAGUUGGGCAAACAUAAUGUCAUUAAUACAAUAACACAAUGAAUCAUUAACACAACGACUAUUUUAUAAUAAAAACAUUUACCCAUCGUAAAGUUGAAAUAUCGUAACGCAGACUGUCGUAACUUGGGGAGCGUCUGUAUAAUGAUGAUGCAGAUCCAUGCACUCCAUCAGUUUUCAUUCUAUGAGUGAUCCAGGGCAGUGCUGAUCAGCAGCAUCGAGUCAGUACUCAGAAAGAUACUGAAGAACAAAAGAACAAGACCAUCCAACAAGGUCAACAAUAUCUUAAGCAUUAUGUCCUCUUUGAUAAUAAGUAUAACGAAAUGCAGUUAUGUUACUUGCUUAUUUUACUAAUUGAAAUAUUAGCUGGGAGCAAAGGAUUUGGUCCAGUGGACAGAGGCCAUGCUGACAUGAGAAAGAGAUUUUGUAUUCUAAAAGGUCACACUGGGGAGCUAAGGAAAUGUGUAAUAAAUGUGUUAAAUAUUGUUCAUUCAACUGAAAUAUGCCAUUUUUGUGAAAUUCUCUAGUUUGUAAGGCUUAAGUAAGUACCAUUCAGCUCACUCUUUAUUGUGAUAGCUAGUGAUGCAUGGCAGAGUUGUUGAACACAGUGGCUGCAUGGUUCAAGUCAAAAUAUGCACAGGAAGAGCAUUUGUUCCGUUUAUGAAGGGUCUAAGAAUGUCAAACACAUGCGUAGAUUAUAUUGUGGCUUUAUGUCGAUAUGAAGCAUGUCCGCUCUCCAUUGGUCCAGGAAGAUGAUGCACUUACUGAUCCAAGAGCAUCUAAAGCGGCUGUAAUUUGAAACCCUCUAUUUGGUUGAAUUUAGAUACGUAACACGGAUUCAAGUUCCAUCCUUGGGGGUCACCGUCUGUCCACAGUUAUUCAUUCAGUCCUUCAAGCUCUUCGUAACACCAUAGUCUAUGACUGUGAUGGAAGUUUUGACUGCAACUGUUGAAACGGAACUCCUCCAGUGGUUUCUUAUAACUGUUACCUCAUCUGUUUAUGUUUAAAUGUGUCCCUUGUCGUCUUCUGUUUACGUUUAUUGAAUUGCUAUGCUUUACUGAAGUAGCUAUUACUAUGUGAAUAUAAUGUUAGCUGUAGCAACUUUGUGGAAAGAUUGAUGACUGGCAAAGACUAAGAUUACUGUUAGGACCCUGCUAACAUAAUAUUCUCAGAAAAAACAUAAGGAGAGUAUCAUGUCUUCUUCCCCCAGGGUCUUGUACGUAUUAUUUGUAUUUCCUGUUGCUGGUAUGUUUUCUGCAGGUACAGGAAACAAAGGAAAAUGUGCAAUAGGCUGCCAACUUGUAUAGUAUGUUGUGAGGUGGCAUCUUAUGCCUAAAACACAUGUUUUAAAGUGCAAUAAUUCAGCCAGUGGCAAAGGUUUCCGGUAUAACAGAAACAUUUGUUUGUAUAUUGCAACAUGGCCUUUGAGACUGACGUGUUAAGGGAACAAUAGCUUAAUUUACUGUCCUUCAUGCAGAGUCUGAUGUUUAUAUAAGUUUUAUUAAUUAACCCUUUUCAAUAAUUAUGACUAUACACAAAAAUGUAAAAUAUAAGAAACACUGGAAAAUGUAUUUCUGGUCUAAGUGAAGAGUAGCUGUGUUCAGAAUAUGUUGCUCACUCAGCAAGAUCUAGAAAUCAAGGUCUGAGAUGUUUGGGACAGGACCUCUCAUAUCAAUUGGCAUACAUAAUGGUUUCUAUGGCAACAACUCUGUACAUGUCCUUAUUUGUGUCCUUCUACUGACCUUCUACUGACUAGCAAAGACAGAGAAAUGUAAAGGUAUUCCUGGCUUCUGGUCUGUGGUAUCCCCAACAAGAGCUGGGAGUGAGAAUGAAAUUUGUGUGAUGUUACUGUUUAGCCUAUUUAUUUAUUUUUAUUUAUUUUAGUAGUAAUGUUGUAUACUGAGAAUCUGUUUACAAAUCAGUGUUGACAGAUUGCAAGAAAUACAACUAAUUUGAACAAUUUUGAAAUUCAGUGUAUCUCACGAUCGCAGAAUUGUCUGUUUGUCUAACUGUGACUUUGUAACUGGAAUUUGGAUCUUUAAAAAUUAGAUUUAUAGCAAUCCAACUCGCACAUGAGUAAUCAAAAUGUUUGAUACCAUUUAAAUAAACAAGAAAUAAAUAUAUAGAUAUAUGUACAGUAUGUACUUUAACCUUUAAAUGAACAUAUGUUUACAUGGCUAUACUGUAUAUGUAUAGAUAUUUAUAAUCUGUAUAUGGAUCAGUUUCUGUGUGUGAGGCUGAUGGGCUUCAAUAAUAUUUAACCACUUCAUUAGUGUUGUAGCUCAUUAUUGAAUUUCAGUUAGGAUGUUUUUUAUCAAUAGAAACAGGAUUUCUGUAUCAUGGACUACUGCCUUUGGAUAAUGAAUUUGGUCUGCUCUAAAAGACUUUGUACACUUUUACGCUACUCUCCCUCUGAAAUUUAAGAGGGAACUUUUGUAUUUCCACAUGCAAUGCAAGAGCAUAUAAUUAUACAGAUUAUUGUUAUAAUAAUAAACAUUUAGAUAUUUUUCUAUUUUUUUCCUGGGAAAAAAGGAAAUUAAUAUGUUCUAGUUCAUUUUGUAUUUGAUUAUAACCAUUAUAUGAUCAUUUUCACAAUAUGAAGGAUGUUUGCUUGGUUGCUUUGAGUUAGUGCUAUACUUUUAGGGAUUAUUUUUACAUAUUUACCUGCUGACUGUUAUAACUUUUUAAAUUCAGUUUGAGAGCAUUUUGCCUUUUAAAAUAGAGGAAGCUGUAGAACACAAAAGUCUUGGGGUCUGUGACUGCAAUCUACUAUAGUUUUGAUUAUCUAAUGGGGGAAAAAAAAUUCUGUUUUGGAUUCCCUGAAACAAACAUUUUAGCCUUUUCCUAACGCUCACCUGUUUGGUUCCCCAUGGAACAGUGGCAGAUUUAUUUUAUUCCCAGUAUGAAAACCAUUGUUUCUCAUACACAGUGUUGAAAGAAAAGCAAAAUAAGAUGCACGCAUGAUAAAGUUAAACUGGGACACUAACAGUAUUUUUGUCUCAACUUGUUUAGAAUAGUGGCAUACGUUUGGGGAGAUUUAAUGGUCAGUAGGUUAGCUUAGUGACGUCUUUAAAACGACAGUCCUGUCUGUUUCAAAACGUGCCGAAAAUGACUGCAGACUCUGCAGACUAUGCCAUUGCUGUAAAAGUGUGAUUGCUUUCUAUUGUCUACAUUCUGUUGGUCGUGCUUCCGAUGUGUAAACGCAUGAGUUUCUGGUACCAUAGCAUGAUCCCUUAUUGACAUCCUUGAUUCAACAAUUUUACGUCCGCUUAUGAGAAAUGGCGUGCUGGUUUCUGUAGUGGAGAGCGUGGCCGAAGGUCAUACGACAAGCCACCGGAACAGGGAAUGACAGCUGGGAGAGGAGCAGGAGACAGUCCCCACGCCUGAUACAUUCAGCACCUGAUACUGACAGUGCUUAAUGCGUAAACUGUAUACCUUAUACGCUCUUGAAUCUUUAUUAUUAUCACUAUUAUUUUUUACAAAAUGAAUAUGAAUUUCUUAUUAUCAAUGUGAAAAGGCAGUUAACUGAAUGGACCUCCUUGCUGUUGACUCCUUGUCGGUUUGUUAUGACUUUGCUGGUAUAUGCUCUUUGUACGUAUCUGUUUGUCUUCCCCUGCCUUUGUUGGGGUGCUUUACCCCAUGUCUUGCUCUCUUGUGUAUUUUGCGUAAAGUUGUAUGUGAUCCUCACUCUUUGCUUGUUAUUUGUAGGAAUAAUGACUGACUAAAGAGAAUAUGUAUCCAGUACUGUAUACUGUUUUUCAAAAAAUAUAUAACAAAAAUAGAAAAUAAGGAUGAUUACUUGUUUUGGAGAACAUGGCAUGAUGUGUAAUGUGUACUGGAAAAAAAUAACCACAGUUGAUUUAUUGAAUACAGUUAAUUUAUUUUGAA